AUGGACAGUGAAAUGAAAACACCAAGAAACUCAAAUGGUGGGGAAAGGAUCCCGGGUUUGCAUCCAGGGAGAAGCUGUGUCCUGGGAAAUGAUGCAGGAAACGAGCCUAUUAAAACUGAACUGGGAUUAAGCUUUCAGUUCUAUCUGCCUGAAAGGCAGCUAUUUCAAGCUGAAGGGAAAAUUUAUGAAUGUAACCAAGUUGAAAAGACUAUCAACCAUAUUACCUCACUUUCACCACUUGAAAACCUUACUUCUAAACUGAAAACCCACAUGUUUAAUAAACAUAAGAAUGAUUUUGUCAGUUCUCCAGUAUUCACAGAAGAACUGAAAGCACACAUUAGGGAAGAACCUUACAGACAUAAUGAGCUCAGCAAAGCCUUUAGUGUGUCUUCAAGCCUUCCUAACCAUGGGGUCAUCCAUACUGGAAAGAAACCUUUCCAAUGUAAAGAGCGUGGCAAGGCCUUCAGGCAAAAUUCAGACUUUCUACGACACCAGAGAAUCCAUAGUGGAGAGAAACCUUACAGAUGUAAUGAGUGUGGCAAAGUCUUCAGUCAAAAUGCACACCUAUCUCAACAUCAGACAGUUCAUACUGGAGUGAAACCUUACAAAUGUCAUGAAUGUGGCAAAGUCUUUAGUCGUAAUUCACACCUUACGCAACAUCAGAGAAUUCAUACUGGAGAGAAACCUUAUAAAUGUGAUGAAUGUGGCAAGGUCUUUACUCAGAACCCUUAUAAAUGUGAUGAAUGUGGCAAGGUCUUUAGUUGCAAUGCAUACCUUAGACGACAUCAGAGUAUUCACACUGGAGAGAAACCUCACAAAUGUAAUGAAUGUGGCAAGGCCUUUAAUCGUAUUUCACACCUUGCACGACAUCGGAGAAUUCAUACUGGAGAGAAACCUUACAAAUGUCAUGAGUGUUGCAAAGCCUUUACUUGCAAUUCAACCCUUACACGACAUCAGGGAGUUCAUAUUGGAGAGAAACCUUACAAAUGCAAUGAGUGUGGCAAGGUUUUCCAUCAAAAAUCAAGCCUUAAAUAUCAUCGCACGAUCCACUCGGGAGAGAAACCGUACACAUGUGUUGAAUGUGGUAAGAAAUUUACUUCGCGUUCAGGGAUUCAUAUACAUCAACUUAUCCAUAAUGCAGAUAAACCUUACAAAUGUGAGUAUUGUGGCAAGGUUUUCAGGCACAAAUUAUCCCUAACAGUUCAUCGUAGAAUUCAUACUGGAGAGAAACCUUACAAGUGUAAUGAAUGUGGUAAGGCCUUCAGACACAAGAUAUCUCUUACAGUUCAUCAGAAAACACAUACUGGAGAGAGAACUUACCAACAUAAUGUGUGUGGCAAGAUUAUCUGUCAAAACUCAAACCUUGAAGAUCAUCACAGAAACCAUACAGGACGGAAACCUUACAAAUGUAAUGAAUGUGGUAAGGUCUUCAGUUACAAUUCAUCGCUUGCACAACAUCAGUGUAUUCAUACAGGAGAGAGGCGUUACAAGUGCAGUGAGUGUGGCAAAUUGUUUUGUAGGAAAUCAAACCUUAAAUAUCAUCAUGUUGUCCAUUCAGAAGAGAAACCAUACAAAUGUAAUGAGUGUGGCAGAGUCUUCCGUCACAAAUCAAACCUUAAAAAUCAUCACAGAAUCCAUACAGGAGAGAAACCUUACAAAUGUGAUCAGUGUGACCAGGCCUUCAGACAAAAGACAUCCCUUACACGUCAUCAGCGAAGUCGUACUGGAGAGAAACCUCACAAAUGUAAUGAAUGUGGCAAGGUCUUCUGUAAAAAAUCAAACCUUAAAUCUCAUCACAGAAUCCACACUGGAGAGAAACCUUACAAAUUCCCGGAAGCGGAACGCGGGGCGGGAGGGUUUCCCCUGCCCAGGUUCAGCCUGACCUUCGCCCUCCGACGUCUUCCUUACUCGGUGCCGGGGGUCGCUACGGACUUUAACAUCCCCACGCCGCCCUCCACCGCAGGCCGGAUCCUUCAGCUCUCCAGACUUCUGCCAGCAGUCGCCGCUGCCCCUGAGCCCUGGUUGGUGACACCCAGCGUUCUUCUGUCCCCAGUUGCACCGCACUGGAAAAUGCUGCUCUUCCGGGAGGCGGGCCUCUUGUUCCGUCCCCUCCCUGAACACUUGACAUUCAGGGAUGUGGCCAUAGAAUUCUCUCAGGAAGAGUGGAAAUGCCUGGACCCUGCUCAGAGGGCUUUAUACAGGGACGUGAUGUUGGAGAACUACAGGAACCUGGUCUCCCUGGGAUAUUCUUUUCCUGGCCUGAAUCUUAUCUCCACGUUGGAAACAAGGGAAAAGCCCAGGUCUGUGGAGAGCCAAGUGAAAAUAGCAAGGAAACUAAAGCAGUGGGAACGUAUCAAAGGUGUGAUCACAGAUAUCUCUCCUAAAUGUGUGAUCAAGGAAUUAUCCCCAACAGGGGAAAGUGCCACAGGGGAAGUAUUUCACACGGUGAUGUUGGAAAGACAUGAAAGCCAUCCCAUUGCAGAUUUUUGCUUCAGGGAAAUUCAGAAAAAUGUCCGUGAUUUUGAGUUUCAGUGGAGAGAUAAUGAACAAAAUUACAACAUGGUGCCUUUGACAGGAAAAGAAAAUGUUAGUGGUAGUAAAGACCACUGUGAUACAAGGGAUGCUGGAAACAAGCCUAUUAAAAAUCAGCUUGAAUUGAACUUUCAGUCACAUCCACCUGCACUGCACAUAUUUCAAGCUAAUGGGAAAGUUUGUCAUCAAAUUGAGAAGUCUGUCAACAGUGGUUCCACAGGUUCAACACCCCGAAGAAUUUCUUCUAAGCUCAAUUUCCGUAUUUCUAAUCAAUAUGGGAAUGAUUUCAUCUAUUCUUCAUUACUCGCGGAAAAACAGAAAGGACACCUUAAAGAAAAAUGUUACAAAUGUAAUGAGUGUGGCAAAUCUUUCUUUUAUGUCACACACCUUAGUAUACAUCAGACAGUCCAUUCUGGGGAGAAACAGCAUAAAUGUCAUGUGUGUGGCAAGGCCUUUAAUCAGAAAUCCAACUUGGCAAGUCACUGUAGAAUUCACACUGGAGAGAAACCGUAUAAAUGUAUGGAAUGUGACAGAGUUUUCAGUCGUAAUUCACACCUUCAGCGACACUGGAGAAUUCAUACUGGAGAGAAACCUUACAAAUGUCACGAAUGUGGCAAAGUCUUCAGUCAAGAAACAAACCUUGCAAGUCAUCAGAGAAUUCACAGUGGAGAGAAACCAUACAAGUGUAAUGAAUGUGGCAAAGUCUUCAGUCAACCCACACUGCUUGCAAAUCAUCAGGGAAUUCAUACUGGAGAGAAACCAUGUAAGUGUAAUGAAUGUGGCAAAGUGUUCAGUAGAACUUCCACCCUUGCAGUUCAUCAGAGAAUUCAUACCGGAGAGAAACCUUACAAAUGCAAUAAAUGUGUCAAGGUCUUCCGUCACAGCUCACACCUUACCAAUCAUGGCAGAAUUCAUACUGGAGAGAAACCUUACAAAUGCAAUUACUGUGGCAAGGUCUUCACUCAAACUUCACACCUCGCAUUACAUCACAGAAUUCAUACCAGAGAAAAACCAUACAAGUGUAAUGAGUGUGGCAAAGCCUUUAGCCUGCAUUCACACCUCACUAGACAUCAGAAAAUCCAUAUUAGAGAGCGACCUUACUAA